AUGGAACUGGCCGCGGUGUCUGGCUGCGCUCCUCGUGUGCCCGGAGCACUGAACUGUGCUUCUCCCGACAGUCCCCGCCUUUUUGCAAAGAAAGUCUUCAGUGCAAGUCCAACUGUUGCAGUGAAUCAAAAUAAAGAGGAAGAAGAAAAUGAAGCUGUGAAUCAACAUCGGAAAGAUCUGCAGUGUGAACCAAGCUUCAUAGAAGACAGACUGAAGCUUUACAAAGAACUGAAAAAAGAACAUGAUGCUUUGCUAGCUUACAGAGCAGCCAACCAGAGCAAACCUAUCAAAAUUAAUCUGACAGAUGGAAAGAUCGCUGAAGGGGAAUCUUGGAAAACCACACCGUAUCAAUUAGCCGCAGGAAUUAGUCAAGUGUUGGCUUCAAAUGCAGUCGUAGCCAAAGUGAAUGGUGAAUUGUGGGACCUGGAUCGUCCACUGGAGGGAGAUUGUACUCUGGAGCUGCUUACGUUUGAUAAUGAAGAAGCAAAAGCUGUUUAUUGGCAUUCAAGUGCUCAUAUUCUUGGAGAGGCUAUGGAAGGUUAUUUUGGGGGCUGCUUAUGCUAUGGACCACCAAUUGAGAAUGGAUUUCAUUAUGACAUGUACAUUGAAGACAGAGGUGUAUCUAGUACUGAAUUCCCACUACUAGAGAACCUCUGUAAAAAUACCAUAAAGGAGAAGCAAGCUUUUGAAAGGCUGGAAGUCAAAAAGGAGAUCCUGUUAGACAUGUUUAAGUAUAACAAGUUUAAGUGUCGUAUCCUUAAUGAGAAGGUGAACACACCAACGACCACAGUAUACAGAUGCGGUUCGCUGAUUGAUCUCUGCAGGGGUCCACAUGUGAGACACACUGGAAAAAUUAAGGCCCUUAAAAUAUUUAAGAAUUCCUCUACGUAUUGGGAAGGAAAAUCUGACAUGGAAACUCUGCAGAGAAUAUAUGGAAUAUCCUUUCCUGAUAACAAAAUGAUGAAGGAAUGGGAAAAAUUCCAGGAAGAAGCCAGAAACCGGGACCAUAGGAAAAUUGGAAAGGAGCAAGAACUCUUCUUCUUUCAUGAUUUGAGUCCUGGAAGCUGCUUUUUUCUCCCCAGAGGUGCCUUUCUUUAUAACACACUUGUGGAUUUCAUACGAGAGGAAUAUCACAAGCGUAAUUUUACUGAAGUUGUAUCUCCAAACGUCUUCAACAGUAAACUCUGGGAAGCUUCAGGACACUGGCAGCACUACAGUGAAAAUAUGUUCUCUUUUGAGAUCGAGAAGGAAACGUUUGCUCUUAAACCGAUGAAUUGCCCAGGGCAUUGCUUGAUGUUUGCCCAUCGUCCACGAUCCUGGAGGGAAAUGCCUCUUAGACUUGCAGAUUUUGGAGUUCUUCACAGAAAUGAACUCUCUGGGACUUUAAGUGGCUUGACUCGUGUAAGGCGCUUUCAGCAAGAUGAUGCUCACAUCUUUUGCACAAUAGAACAGAUUGAAGAAGAAAUUAAGGGCUGUCUUGAUUUCUUAAAGUCAGUGUAUGCUGUCUUUGGUUUUACCUUUCAACUCCAUCUCUCUACAAGACCAGAAAAUUAUCUAGGCGAGUUAGAGAUCUGGGAUCAUGCGGAAAAGCAACUUCAAAACAGCUUGAAUAACUUUGGAGAGCAAUGGAGUUUGAAUCCAGGAGAUGGAGCGUUUUAUGGUCCCAAGAUUGAUAUUAAAAUCAAAGAUGCUAUUGGCAGGUACCAUCAAUGUGCUACUAUCCAACUUGACUUCCAGCUACCCAUUCGAUUUAAUCUUACUUAUGUUGGUAAGGAUGGCGAUGAUAAGAAAAGGCCAGUGAUUAUUCACAGAGCUAUCUUGGGAUCUGUGGAGAGAAUGAUAGCUAUUCUAGCAGAAAAUUAUGGAGGAAAAUGGCCGUUCUGGCUGUCUCCACGGCAGGUCAUGGUUGUGCCUGUGGGACCUACUUCUGAAGAGUAUGCCCAGCAGGUUUGCAGCAAAUUUUUUGAAGCAGGAUUUAUGUCAGAUGUGGAUCUAGAUCAAAGUUGCACAUUAAACAAGAAAAUUAGAAAUGCACAGCUGGCUCAGUACAACUUUAUCUUGGUGGUUGGAGAGAAGGAGAAAGCAAAUAAUGCUGUCAACGUGCGAACAAGAGACAACAAAGUUCAUGGAGAGAUUUCAGUAUCUUCUGCUAUUGAAAAACUCCAGAAAUUUAAGAGUUCACGUAUUCCAAAUGCAGAAGAAUUAUUCUGA